UCCUCAUCUCCGAUUGCCUGAUCUCGUCACAACGAUCGACAAUGGCCGAGCUUUUUGCACUCAAUCGAUAAAUCUUUUAUGAACAGUAGAAGUGUCAUCUGCUCCCAGAAAAUCUUACCGUUACAAUGGCGACGACCAGAGCGAGCUCUCCGUACUCGCCAGGCCAACCCCUGCCCCGAGCACGUCAGAGAUCCUCGGGGUCGGAUUCGAUUAGCACCUCCGUCGUGGCGCCUUACUCCAAUAACACUAACCUCCGAUCUCGAGCUCGAAGCCGAUCCUCCGGGGUGAGUUUUGGCCCGCGAAGUUCCAUGGCCUUGACCUCGCUCACCCCGCAAUCGGAGAAGGAACCCGGAUGCGACGAACGCUCUUGGACCUUGAGUCAUUUGGCGGAUCGCUUCCGGGGUAAGGACUUGGAGAAGCUCUACCAACGCUAUGAACAACGGGCUCAACUCGGCACCUUCACAACCUAUUUGGUUGUUCAAGCUUUCAUUUCCAUUGUUUACAUUGGAGCCAUUGCCUUGGUCUGCAGAUUCAAAGAUGAAUGCACCUCAUUGGAGAUUCCUACCCAACUUCCGGAUAUUGUGGCGCAAUCGGUACUUUUGGCAUUGUGUAUCAUUCUCUUGCUGCUCGUUUACAAUGAGAAGAUCUUUAAAGACGAACCAAGGCUCACUUACCUCUUCUCUGGAAUUAUGGUCUUAUCCCUUGAGGCCAUUGAUAUUGGGUUAGUGGUUCAUCAUUCGUUACAAUUCACACAACCCUUGACUCCGUCUGAAAACAACACACUGACGACAAGCUCAUUCUUUGACGAAUUCAUUGAAGACAACGACAAGCCCGAAAAAGCUCUCACAGCCAAGAUUCCCAUCAUUUCGUUGUACAACAUCCUAGCCAUUUAUCUAUUCUUGCCCAUCCCGAAAAAAGUUGUGGCACUUGCUUUUGGGAUUGGCGUCAGUGUGAUUUGCAUUGUUCUGUUUCUCUCCAUUGAAUUGGCCACGGGCCAUGAUGAUACGAUUGAUUUCGUCAAUCAGCUUUUGGCGGACAUUGUUUUCUAUUUGAGCCUCAAUUUCAUUGGCUUUUAUAUGAGAUACGUAGGUGAAAUUAACAUGCGCAGAGGGUUUCUGGACAAACGGGGCUGCAUUGAGACCACUUUCAAAUUGAAAUACGAAAGAGAACAAGAGGAAAAUCUACUUCAAACAAUUAUUCCCUCUCACAUCACGGCACCUGUUCGAAAUGGGAUUUGGGAUCACAUUAACGCUAUCAAACAAGGCACAGGACAAGAUCGACAACCCUUACGGCAGCUUCAUUUGGGGAAGCAAGAGGAUGUGAGCAUAUUGUUUGCAGAUAUCUGCAACUUCACCCCUUUGACGACGACACUAAGUGUUCAAAAGUUAGUGGAAACACUGAACGACUUAUUCGGAAGUUUUGACGAGGCAGCUGAGACUCAUAAAUGUAUGCGAAUUAAAAUUCUUGGAGAUUGUUACUACUGUGUUUCUGGUGUUCCAACUCCUGACGAAGAAAAGCCAAAUCAUGCGGAAAAUUGCGUGGAAAUGGGCUUAGCCAUGAUCAAAUUGAUCAAAACGGUUAGAGCCAAUCACAAAGUGGAUGUCGACAUGAGAAUUGGCGUGCACACGGGACUCAUUUUAUCUGGCAUUAUCGGUUUGAAGAAGUGGCAAUUCGAUAUUUGGUCAAAGGACGUUACUAUUGCUAAUCAUAUGGAAUCCACAGGACAAGCGGGGGCAGUUCAUAUUACUACCCAAACAAAAGAGCGAUUAUCCAAAGACUACAAAUGCAAACCGGUGCUUUCAUUGAAUGAUGAGCUUUUGCAGAAGAGCAAAAUUAAGACCUUCCUCAUCUAUCCACCGACGAGUUACACCCCCAAAAACAAAUACGAAACCGUGCGCAGAGAGAGGACGAUCUCGGGGGAAAGUCUGGAUUCCGGCACCAAUUUCAUCAGUUUGCGAAGAGGAUCAUCUGCCUUUGGAGAUGUGCCUGGCAUGAUCAGUCCCCGAAGAGGUAGUGUGGCAAGUGGAACGACCGCCCAAAUUUUGCAACGAAGAAGCACUUUAUUGGAUACCAAUCUUAACGGAGAAAUGAAUGAUGAUUACCGGAAAAAGUCUCUUCUCAUGGACACUGGCCUGAAAAAGUUUCGCCAAAUUCUUGGAUCCGCUGGAGACUUCAUGAGUGACGAGAUCGAAAAACUACCACUCAGAAAAUACGAUCAAUGGUUGCAUCCGGAAGAGAUCCAUCCGCUCUUCCUGAUGUUCCGUGACAAAUCCUGGGAGAAGCCUUAUUCCAAAGAGAACGACCCGCUUUUCAAGUACUACAUUCUUGCCACCUUCUUCAUCCUGAACGCUAUGGGGAUCAUUUUACUCUUGACCGAACGACACCCGCAUUUGUUGCUGUGGGGCGAAUACACGUUGAUUUUUGUGCUCUUGGUGGGGCUCUUGCCUUGCUUUUGGGUCUCAUAUAUUUGGGAUCAGGUUAUUGAUCCUCAUUAUGAUAUGGAGCUAUUGGAAGCUCCCAAAGAUGCAAUGCUGAAUUUCUUCUAUCGCCAAGCCAAACGCAUCAAUGAAAGUUUUUGGGCGAGAACCACCAUCUUUAGCAUCAUUAUGCUCUUGAUUGUUAGCAGUGCUCUUUUGGAUGUGCUUACCGCCGAUUGUCUAUCUGAAAGUCCCAAGAACUAUACUUAUCGAUGUGUCUUGGCCAUGAUGACCAUUUUUAUGUAUCUCAGAAUUCACCAUUUUUUGAAAAUAUUUGCCACCCUUGUUUGCUUGACCUUUUAUGGAUUGGUCAUUCUGGGCGUGAUCAAACAUCAUCACGGGAAAAACGUAUUUAAGUUGGAGUAUUUUGGAUACGAUGAAGUAUUCAAUACGGAUAUGAGAAACUACUCACAUUUCGUCUAUCUUGCGGUAUGCAGCCUAUUCUUCCUAAUAAUGGACAGACAACAUGAAUACAUGCACAGGUUGGACUACCAAUGGAAACGACAAUUAAAAGAUGAGCAAGAACUAGCAUCGACGACCAAACUGGCCAACAACUUGUUGCUUCGGAAUAUUCUCCCCCAUCACGUGGCUGAGUUGUACAUUUCUAACAACCGGAGUCCAGGGCAGCUCUACAGCGAGUCUUACGAUCACGUGGCGGUAAUGUUUGCUUCCAUUCCCAAUUACAUGGAUAGCUUCCACUUGGAUACCGAUUUCAUUGCUUGCUUGACCAUGCUCAACACUAUCAUCUCGGCGUUUGACCGGCUCCUCCUCAUGGAAAAGACCUUUAACAAAGUGGAAAAGAUCAAAGUAAUUUCUUCCACGUAUAUGGCCGCUUGUGGCCUACAGCCAGGAAGAAAAGGUUCCGCAGAUGGUCCUUUGUCCACUGUACUCAUCAAUGGAGAACAACUAGACGAACAGGGACAGAACUCCCGGAUCAUGGCACGAUUUGCUGCCGCAAUGGUCCGGACAUUACACAAACUUCAAAUUGAGGAUGGGAUCAACGACGAAUUCCGCCUCCGCAUUGGGUUGAGUGAGGGCAAAGUCAUUGCCGGCGUGGUUGGAGCUCAAAAGCCUCUCUAUGAUAUCUGGGGCAACACCGUGAAUGUCGCUUCGAGAAUGGAUUACACCGGAAUGGCCGACAAGAUCCAGGUUCCUGAAGAUAUGGCUAGGGUACUCAAACAACAGAACGUGUCGUGCACCUUCAGGGAUGAGAUCUCAGUGAAAGGAAAAGGCCAGAUGCGAGUUUACUUUGUGGAUUUGGACGACGAUGGUAUUCUGGUGGAUCUGCAUGAGGAGUUAUGUGCAAGAGACCUUCUGGAGGAAAGGCAAGACGAACAAAAGAAAGGCCUUACACGGGCCUUAACCAAAAAGAGGCGACAAAAAGAAUUGGGGGGCAAAUCUCCUCGUCGUGAAUCGAGUUGCAGCGGAAUGAAGUUUUUCAUUGACCAAACACAUGAAACUCCGAGCGACGACUCCCCAGACUCCUAUGACUCCUAUGACUCUGCUGUUCAAAUAGAUGAUACUCAAAUUGAAUUGGCGAAGACUUACCGCAAAGAAGUGCGAAAGGCUAGAGUCAGUGAGAGCUCCAGGAAAAUCUCCUCCACUGAAAGAGACUUUACCAUCACAAAAGUGGAGGACCAAGAAUUGGUCUUGGACCAUUUGGACAUUCAUCCCAUUUCUCAGGAAAUGUCGGAAUCCAGUUUCGAGUGUUAUGAUACUAAAUCCACUAUAACAGACUUCUUUCAAACAUAUAACUCAUCUGAGGACGAAAGUCCUCCCGAUGAGACCGACCAGAGCUUGGAUUUUGACCACAGACACUUGGGGAAUGAUAUCUCCUUAGCAACAAAGCCAAGGAGAGUCUCAAGGCAAACUAGUUCAAGCGAGUCCCAAGCGUCAACAACGACAACCUUGGUGAAUGAAGAUCAACGGUCAAAGAAAUUGUCAACAAGCACUGCCUCCACCUUACAGGAGGUGUUUGAAGAUAACACCUUGGAGGAGGAGCUGGAUGAUGAGCCAAAUGUUCCUCAUCUAUUGAUUCAAAAGGCCGAGGAAACGAACAUAGAGGGCAUAAAAGCGCAAGUAAAUGUUCAAGAGAGUCUUCACGGAGAAUUGCAUCCCCGUGACUUCAGCCUGGUCCAUGAAGCCCACCUUAUCGACGACGAAGGCGGUCUUCCAGGGACGAAAAAGGACUCCGGCUAUGGAAGUCAGGGUCAACUCAAAGACGUUCAAAAGGUGCGACAAUACCAAUCAGCAGAGCCAUUAAGAAUGGUCAAGCAGACGAGAUCAAAGAUUGCCGAAAAUGACCAGAUGGGCGAGGACGAGACGCUUGAAAUAAAGAGGAAGUUAUCUAACCAACGGGUUUGGAAUAUCAACCAUGAUUAUGCUUCGUAUCCGCAGAGAGAUGAAUCUUAAAGGAAUCAAUUUCAAUAUCAAAUGUUCUUUCAAAAUC